AUGUUCUUAAGUGUGCUGUCAUCACAGCUCCAGAUUGACUCCGAACUGCACAACAUCUCCACCCCUCCUUCAGAGUACAGGUCUGGAGUAUUCUACAAAGGGUGGGUAAGGGACUGUGUAGCGAGUGUGGGUACAAGGUGUGGAUAUGGUGGGAGAGGAGUGUGGGUUGAGAGAGUAUGUGAAAAACAGGAUAUGAAAGUGGAGAGCCCAGAGUUCAUACCAUACCUCUGGCCUGAAGGUGGAGAGGCCCUGGUUCAAAUGGGAGCCGCUCUGCUGCCUCAGAUGGCUACAGGGGAGCCAUGGGCAAUGGUCACACUCUGCCAGGAUGGGCUGCCCUUAUUUGGGACUAAGAAUUUCCCAGUGAAUACAAAAACAAUAAGUAGUCAUUGUAUAAAGCUGAAUAUCAGUAUUUUUGGUUUAGUACGUGGUGGUGUUGUAGGUGGAUGGUGUGGCCAUGCCUGGGCUGAGGCGAUGCGGGCGCAGGCAGAGUUUUGUGAGAUGUAUGAAGGUUAUGGUGACCUGUGUGGGUGUGAACGACCAUACCUCCCUACCCAGCAACCAUCACCACCCAGUAUUGCUAUGAGUGAAGACAUCCCGGUAGUCAUCGUGACAGCCAACAAACCUUACUACCUAUACCGACUAUUAAAGAAUCUGAAGCGUGUGGCUGGUUCAGGGAAGACUAAAGUGGUGGUGAUUGUAGAUGGUCCACACCAGGAGACACUGCAAUUAACCAACCUCUUCCUUAUACACACCAUCGUCCACUACCCUCAGGGACCUCCUGGAGAGAACACCAGGACCAACACCAACAUCGCCUUCGCCCUGCAGACCGUGUUGGAUCGCUGGCCACAUGUCGACAAGGUCAUCUUGCUUGAGGAUGACCUCAUCCUUGCCCCGGACCUCCUCAGGUACUUCCACCAGGCAGCACCAGCACUCACUAUGGACCCGACACUGUACCUGGUGAAUGCCUUCGGCCAGAACUCCUACCCCAACACUGCUAAGGAAUCGUCUGUGGUGCUGCGGGCGGAGAUGUACCCGCAGUACGGCUGGAUGACGUGCCGGCGCUGGGUGCAGUACGUGCUCACACUCUGGGUACCUCCCGGGAGAGGCGUGGACUGGGACUGGUGGUUGUUCACUGAGGGUGUAAGAGGAGGACUGAGUGCUGUGGUACCCGAGGUCUCCCGCACAGCACAUGCUGGGUCUGCUGGGGCUCACGUCACUGGCUGGGAACAGUACCUCUUCUUCAGCGGCAGACUUGUCAAUCGCGACCCAGACGCCACCUUGCGGGGCGUGUACAGGUUAGUCAGCCAAAACUACUCUAAAUGGAUGGAGAAUGAAAUUCGUGAGGCCACUAAGAUUCACCUUCGGGACCAUCCUUGCCACACGCAUAUCCUCCCCACCAACAUGACUGGCCCCUUUGUGCUGUACCUAGGGGUAGUAAGCCGCUCAGACCAGUACAACAGCUUCUAUAUUAUGCAGGCGUGUCUUGGUACGGAGGACCAGGAGGUGAAGGAACUGUACGAGGGCGUCCUACGCCUCAGAGUCCGCCCAUAUUCCCACGCCCUCACCCAUCACGCUCACUGCCUCAACCUCCGCGAUGCUCACGCCCACCUGACCUCCCACAGUUGUGCACACGUCCCAGGACCACCAGGAAAGGAAUGGCAGGUGCUGUACCUGGUCGGGUGUCCGCUCUCCAAGUAUUGUAAGUACUCGUCGGGAACCAGCGACUGGGCCAUACCUGGGGACAGGAUGGUGGUGGAGGCGUCGGAGGUGGUCUACCGCAGGAGGAUGAUUGGGGUCGUACAGACCAGCAGGGUGAGGGUGACAGCCACGUCUCCACUGGAAGAGUACAACCUCAGCAAUUUGAUGGAAGUGACAUUCAAAAAGACACACUGACACUCGUAGAGAGAAGUACUUGACACACACGAAGUAUUUGACACAGUCACGAAGUGCUUGACACGCAUAUGGAAUAUUUGACAUACACGAUGAAGUACAUGACACUCACGAAGAAAUACUUGACACACGAGGAAAUACAAGACACACACGAGAAAGAACAUAACACACACGAGGAAGUACCUGACAUGUUGUGCGUAGAAGGACCGGAAGGAGAGACGUUGUUGCUCUGGUUGAGAUUUAAUAUGUGGCGAUAUCUUCGUCUGCUGAGCCGAGGUCCUGCUGGUACUAGGUUCAGAUGGCAACUGAACCACUCACACCCAGGUGUGCGGGGGGAUACCAGUAUGAAGGGUCACAAGGUCAACUGUCAUACCGGUUUGUUACCUUAUAUUACGUGGCCUAUAGAUAAUUAUGGCAUUAUUGACAGACACACACAAGGAAGUGCCUGACAUGUACAAGGAAGUGCCUGACACAAGGAAGUGCUUGACACACACAAGGAAGUACCUGAUACGCUCAAGGAAGCACUUGCACAAGAAGGUACUGGACACGAGGAAGCACUUGACACAGCUGGUGUCAAUAUAUAUUUCCCUUCAAAAGGGUUCUUUGAUGUUGACAUGUUCUUGUUCCGAGGAGUUGGAGCUCUCCUCCUCGCCCUUGGAUCACUCCUGUUUACCUUCUAUUCUCCAGUUAUAUGACCCCUGCGAGUUUAGCGCUUCUCAGUGGUAUCUAAUAAAAAUAAUACA